AUGUCUCUACGCGCACUAGGGUUAUUCGAAGUCAAGGGAAGGGUUGCAGUGGUAACAGGCGGGAGCAGUGGUAUUGGGCUCAUGAUCUCCAAAGGACUGGUAUCAAACGGAGCCAAAGUAUAUCUAGUCGCACUGUCAAGUGAUCCCAUCGAAGAGGUCGUUCAUGAGUUAAACGAAUUAGGCCGCGAAGCCGGGGGAAGUGCAGAGGGAUAUGAGUGCGAUAUUUCUUCCAAAGAUGCGAUAUGGCAGCUAGCUCAGAAGGUCUUUGAAAAGGAACCGAAGUUGGACAUGUUGAUCUCCAACGCUGGUGUCCGACACGAUCCUCCACUGGCAUGCAAUGUGUUGACUGCGUCUUUGGAGGAGCUGCAGACCUCAAUGUGGUCGAUCGGAAGCAAGGAAUGGGAGAAUACAUUCAGGGUGAAUACGACGGCCCACUACUUUCUCAGCGUUGCCUUUCUCCCUCUCCUCGCCGCGGCGGCGUAUCAGCCCAUUAAUGGAGGAAAGGGGCGCGACGAAGGACGAGGAGUUGUGGUGAUGACGAGCUCAUGCGCCAGUAUGCACAAUGCUACCAAUGUCGAUCUGACGAGCUAUGCAUCCAGCAAGGCAGCUACCGAUCAUCUUGUGAAGUUGCUGGCCGCCAAAUACAACCGUUUCUAUGUGCGUGUGGUCGGUAUCAACCCGGGAUUUGUUCCUAGCAACAUGAACCCAGUGGGUGCUGAAGGGAAUAUUUUCGGUUCCCUGUUCGAAAAAGUCCCGGCCAAGCGCGCAGGCAACUCCGAAGACAUCGCAGGGACGGUCUUGUAUCUCGUUAGCAGGGCAGGGGCAUAUGUUGACGGAAUUUCGCUUUGUGUAGAUGGCGGCCGCGUUUUGCUGGCCAACGGGCAGGAGUGA